AUGGAUCGCCUGCCGCCAGAGUGCGUGUACGCAAUUCUGCGCCGCGUCGAUCCACCCGGGCCGCACAUCGCGCGGAUGGCGUGCGUGUCGACGCGGUACCGCGGCAUGGCGGGCGACCUGCUGUGGCGCUGGCACUGCCGCGACGCGCUCGCUGACUCCUUCGCCCGCGAAGACUCCCAAGAUAACGCGGACGGCGACCCUCCCCGUAGCGCGUCUGAUAUUAGGGAUCGCGCUGCUGGGCGCGAGAGGCUGCAGCGGCAGGUGGCGCGGAUGAGCAACGGCGACGCUGCUGCGCUGGGAAGGCUCUUCAACGUGUGCCCCGGCGUGACUCGCUCGCACCUGCAGAACCGGGAAUAUUGGACGGGCACCAAGUACAAAGAGAGUCGCAAGCCGCCUCCGUGGGUGUCGCGCGAGGUGGAGAAGCAUGAUCGCCGCGUGCUCAGCAGGCCGCACUGGGAAAACUUUGGCCCGACUUUUAAGCUGCUGUCUGCAUGGGGGGGCAAUCCUCGGAUCUUUGUCCUCAUGAAUAUGUGCAGACGCCACUUGCGGGCAACGAAGCUGGACAUGCUCUGCUGUCUCCUUCAAGGGUUCAUUGUGAACUUUCGAGAGACAGAGUUCUAUGAUGCAUAUUCUGAACACCCGUUUAUGCCGAAUGAGGUCUGCCCUUUCUGUUCCUCCGAGGUUUGGAACGGUUGUGAAGUACAGGUUAUGUUCACAACGACGUUCUCUCCCUUCAUCGUUUUCAAUCCACCUAUUAAUUGCACCGUUCCGACCAUUGUCCACUGUGUUUGCACCGAGGGGCACUGGUAUGGACUCGAAAGGGAAGAAGACAGCGACGAUGACAAAUAG